CAGACUCCAAUAAUUGAUGCCGCCAACCGCCCCUUCGAAGGCUUCUUCUCGAGGAGGAGAAGUCGUUGCAGCUGAAAAUAUCCAUCUACUCUGAGAAUCCUCUAACCUUUGUGCUUGGAGAAAGAAGGAUCAGCCCUGCACUGCGAUGUCGUCGUGGAUAUUAGCAGGCUUAGGAUCUCUCGGACAGGCCUUAAUCGGGAGAGUGAAGGAUCAGAUCAGCGACUAUUUGAUCGGAAGGGUUUUGGAGGAGCCCGGAGUUGCUGACCUCGACAAGCUGAGGAAUACUCUUUCGGGGACUGAGCGCAUCAUCGGCAGAGUCGAGAACAUGUGGAUUAAAGAUGAAGACACGAAAAAGCGAUUGAAGGAAUUGCUGAUGAAACUGAAGGACACUGUUUAUGACGCCGACGACUUGCUUGAUGAGAUCCAGUUCCGGGUUCUGAAGCAACAGAUCGAGCAACAAGGAGCUCAGGGGUAUGAGGCAAGUAACCAAUCAUCUUCUUCUUCUGGUCUCCCUCCGAGGAUAGAAAGAAAAAUUUCUGAACGUGUCAGUCGCUUCUUCGGUAGAGAAGAUGAUGUGAUUAGAGUGAGGAAAAUUAAGAUGAAGUUAGAUAAAUAUAUUACUGACAUCGAGUAUUUCAUUGCUAAAUUAGAUGCUGCUGAGAAACAGAUGAUAACGUCAGUAGUGCCUCGAACCACCACUUCCUUUCCGAUAGAAACUCAAGUAUUCGGACGAGACGAACAGCUGAAUCAACUUCUGGGACUGUUGGUGCAAUCUGCCGAUGGAUCCGGAUCUAGCUACAAUAGCAUCUCUACCUUAACUAUUGUUGGGAUCGGAGGGGUCGGAAAGACUACUCUUGCUCAGCAAGCCUACAACCACGAGAGGGUGAAGGACUAUUUUCAUCAUACGGUCUGGGUCUGUGUAUCCGACAACUUCAACGUGGAGAGGCUUACCAAAGAGAUCAUAGAAUCCUUAACCCGGAAUAAGUGCGAUCUCAACAACUUUGAUACACUUCAAGUGGUUGUUAAGGAGGAUUUGACCUCAAAAAGGUUCCUGCUUGUCCUCGACGAUGUGUGGAACGAGGACAGCCUGAAAUGGGAAAGAUUUUGUGCACCAUUGAGGUCCGGAGUACCAGGAAGCAAGAUUUUGGUUACAACUCGCUCUAGAAAGAUUGCAGAAAUGGUUGGCAAUCCGAUCCCUCUAUAUGGUCUGGAUAACGCCAGCUAUUGGGAAUUUUUCAAGACAUGUGCAUUUGGUUCCGAAUACGCCGGUGAAUGUCCACAGCUAGAAGACAUAGCAAAGAAGAUCGUUUACAGGUUGAAUGGGUUACCACUUGCGGCAAGGACGGUAGGCGGGUUGUUGAAGGCGGAGAUGAAUGAGGAGGCCUGGAGAAUCAUCGCAGGGAGUGAAAUAUGGCAACUACCGCAAAACGAAGAGGGUGUCCUGCCAGUCCUACAACUGAGUUAUCAAUGUCUUCCCACACACCUUAAGCGGUGCUUUGUUUUUUGUUCCCUGUUCCCCAAAGAUCAUCGGUUUGAUGGAGAACACUUGGUCCGGCUUUGGAUGGCAGAAGGCUACGUUGCUCAAGACAAUAUGAAAGACAAUAUGACGUUGGAGGCUGUAGGAAGUGGCUACUUCCGUGAGUUAGCGAACAGGUCUUUCUUUCAAGAAGCUCCUCUGGGAUCGAAAUAUGUGAUGCAUGACCUCAUACACGAUCUUGCUCAGUUUAUUUCGGAGGGAGAGUUUUACAGGAUUGAAGAUGAUGAGUCGAAAGAGAUCCCUAAUACGACUCGUCAUCUAUCAGCAACAUUAACCGAUGGAACUAAGUUAAUGGAGCUCUCCUGUUGUGAUAAAUUACGGACCCUCAUGAUUAAUUCCAAAAGUCAUUGGUUUGACUUUGGAGUCGAGAGGCCUUUGUUCAUUCAAUUUGAUAAAUUAAAAAACAUUCGAGUGUUGAUAUUGCAGAGGUGCGGCUUACGGGAGUUGCCUGAGACAAUUGGUGACUUGAUACACCUCCGCUACUUUGACAUAUCCUACAACCGUCAGAUUUGGAGACUGUCGGAGUCACUAUGUGGUCUUUACAAUUUGCGAGUACUUGAUCUGUCUAAAUGUGAACUACAGAGUUUACCGCAUGGCAUGAGCAAGUUGAUCAACUUAAUGCAUCUUAAUGCAGAAGACAAAAUAAUUUCCGAGAUAAAUAAUGUUGGAAAGUUGACUUCUCUUCAAGAACUGUGUUCAUUUAAAGUACUCAAGAAUCAGGGACACGAGAUUGCCCAAUUAGGCAGUCUGAAACAACUACAUGGAAAACUUCGAAUUACCAACCUUGAGAAUGUUGAGAGUAAACAAGAAGCAAGCAAGGCUAAUCUGAACAACAAACAGUACCUUGAUAAACUGGUCUUAGAAUGGAUAUCAGAUGAUGGCUCCAGUUUGGACGGCAAUGAAUUAGUUGUGUCGGAGGAGGUACUUGAAGGUCUCCAACCACAUCAGGCUCUCAAACGUUUGACGAUCAGAGGGUACAUUGGUAUCAGAUCACCCAGUUGGCUGCAGGCACAAUUGUUAGUGCAUCUGGGAAUUCUUAGACUGAUAAACUGCAUAGCAUGGAAGGAUCUUUCAUGUAUUGGACAGCUACCGAAUCUCAAGAACCUUUACGUGGAGGGAAUGCCAGCAGUGAAACAAAUAAGUCAUGAAUUAAGUACAGAGAGCAAGUUCUUGCCUAAUCUGGAAAGGCUAGUGCUGAAGGACAUGAUGGCACUGGAGGAACUCCCGAGUUUUGGACAACUGCCGAGUCUCAAGGUUCUGCGCAUCGAGAGAAUGCCAGCAGUGAAGAAGGUGGGCUAUGAAUUCUUUGGUUCUAGAGACGAAAGCAAGUGUUUUCCUAGCCUGGAGAAGCUCAAGUUCGGGGACAUGCCAGAAUGGGAAGAGUGGUCUUGGGCUGAUGGCCGACAGCUGUUUCCCAGCUUGCGAAAUCUUGAAAUUGGAAGUUGCCCGAGGCUUAAGAGGAUGCCUCCCCUCCCUACUUCAGUUGAGUCACUAUCAUUAUGUGAAGUCGGGUUGACAGAAGUUCCAAGAUUGUGGGAAGAAAUCGAUGGAAGUAGCAGCAGUAUGAUCGUUUCAGAAUUGAAAAUAUAUAGUCUUGAAGAGAUCAAGCUGGAGGACAUCCCAGAAUGUGAGGAACUCCCUUGUCUUGGUCAACUGCCGAGUCUCAAGGUUCUUCGCAUCCAGAGAAUGCCAGCAGUGAAGAAGGUGGGUGAUGGAUUUUUUGGUUCUAGAGACGAAAGCAAGUGUUUUCCUAGCUUGGAGGAGCUCACGUUCAGGGACAUGCCACAAUGGGAAGAGUGGUCUUGGGCUGAUGGCCGACAGCUGUUUCCCUGCUUGCGAAAACUUCAAAUUGAAAGAUGCCCGAGGCUUAAGAGGAUGCCUCCCCUCCCUACUUCAGUUGAGUCACUAUCAUUAUGUGAAGUCGGGUUGACAGAAGUUCCAAGAUUGUGGGAAGAAAUCGAUGGAAGUAGCAGCAGUAUGAUCGUUUCAGAAUUGAAAAUAUAUAGUCUUGAAGAGAUCAAGCUGGAGGACAUCCCAGAAUGUGAGGAACUCCCUUGUCUUGGUCAACUGCCGAGUCUCAAGGUUCUUCGCAUCCAGAGAAUGCCAGCAGUGAAGAAGGUGGGUGACGGAUUUUUUGGUUCUAGAGACGAAAGCAAGUGUUUUCCUAGCUUGGAGGAGCUCACGUUCAGGGACAUGCCACAAUGGGAAGAGUGGUCUUGGGCUGAUGGCCGACAGCUGUUUCCCUGCUUGCGAAAACUUCAAAUUGAAAGAUGCCCGAGGCUUAAGAGGAUGCCUCUCCUCCCUCCUUCACUUAAAUCACUGUCAUUAUGUGAAGUCGGGGCGACAGAAGUUGUAAGAUUAUGGGCAGAAAUCGAUGGAAGUAGCAGCAGUAUGACCGUCUCAAAAUUGAAAAUAUAUAAUCUUGAAAAGGUCGAGUUGGAGUACAUCCCAGAAUGUGAGGAACUCCCGAGUCUUGGACAACUGCCGAGUCUCAAGGUUCUUCGCAUCGAGAGAAUGGCAGCAGUGAAGAAGGUGGGCUAUGAAUUCUUUGGUUCUAGAGACCAAGGCAAGUGUUUUCCUAGCCUGGAGAAGCUCAAGUUCGGGGACAUGCCAGAAUGGGAAGAGUGGUCUUGGACUGAUGGCCGACAGCUGUUUCCCUGUUUGCGAAAACUUCAAAUUGAAAGAUGCCCGAGGCUUAAGAGGUUGCCUCCCCUCCCUCCUCCACUUGAAACAUUAGAAAUAGAUGAAGUCGGAUUGACAGAAGUGCCAGGGUUAUGGGAAGGAAUCCAUGGAGGCGGCAGUUGCAUAACUGCUUCUCUUUCAACAUUGACAAUACGAAAAUGUCCAAAUCUAAGAAAUCUGGAAGAAGGGUUGCUAUCGCACAGCUUACCAAAUAUCAGUGACAUUGAGAUAGCGGAAUGUGCGGAACUCAUGUGGCAGCCGGUGAAGGGGUUUAAAGAACUCACUUCCCUUGAGGCAUUGUCAAUCCGCAGUUGCCCGAAUCUCUCGAGCAUGACGCGAGAUGGGGACAAUAACAUCUGCCUCCCACCCUCGAUCGAGGAACUAGUGCUGUCUGACUGUGGGAAUCUGGGAAAAUUGCUACUGGGCUGCCUGCACAACUUGACCUCACUCGCUCGAUUGGAAAUAGGCGGCUGCCCGUCCAUAGAGUCUCUUCCUGAAACGUCGCUGCUUCACCUGAAACGACUUGAAUCUCUGAGCAUUUGGAAAUGUGGUGAGUUGAGAUCAAUAGACGAGUUGCGAGCUCUAAAAUCCCUCAGAGAAUUGACCAUCAAACUAUGUCCCAAGCUGUUGCUGAAUAAAGGGAAUGAGCAAGUGGAGGGUUUGUCGCUGCCUAUAUUAUGCAUCGACGACACAGCCCUGUUCAAAGUAUCGCUCUUAAGAAGGAUACUUCCAUCCGUCCGUGUUCUCACAAUCUCAAACUUUCCUCGAGCGACGAUGUCUGAUGAGGAGGAGCAGUUGUUGCGAAGCCUCACAGCUCUCAGAUGGCUAGAAUUCAAGGAUUGCAAGAAUCUACAAUCGCUACCGACAGAGUUGCAUGCCCUUCCCUCCCUUUGUCUUCUAACAAUUAUUGGAUGUCCGGAGAUUCAGGCGCUACCUGAGAAGGGGCUGCCGACGUCCCUCAGGAAUCUACAUUUCGAAGGCUGCCAUGCGAUGCUGACGGAGCGGCUGGAGAAGCACUUGGCCGAGAUGAAGAGCUCGGGUCGAUUUUUGUCUCUUCACCAAUUGGCGAUACGUAAAGAUACAUGGAGUAGCUUGGGUUAUGGUUUUAAGAAGCUUGCAAGAUGGAAGUUACGUCAAACAGCAUUGCACUUUUAGAUUUCUUUGUAUAUGUGCUAUUUGGAUUUGAAUAUUAUGAAUUUUUAAGGAGUUAUUGAAUUUGUCGUAUGUGUUGUGAGUGGAUUGAUUGUAAAUUGAAAUAUGUAAUAAAUAUUAUAUGAAAAUUAUUUGUUUAGAUUUUUCAUCUUA